UAGGGCAGGGAGAAAGAGAGAGAGAGAGAGAGCGCGUGAACGGCAAAAAAUACAACACAGAGAGAAGCAAGAGGCUGCUCCAUCAUCCUGCAUCCCAGACACUAACACCCAGGUCUCUCUGCAGUAUGAACAUGUCCAGCAGUUCUGCAAUGAUCCAGCAGAUCUAUCCCUUCCACGAUGGCUGGAAUGUUGCCUGCUUCAUCAUUCUCCUCCUCUUCAUUCUAACCAUCCUCUCCCUCGCCACACUGGCGUUCCUCUACGAGCUGCUGGACUGCGGAUGCUUCACCAAGACCAAAACCGUUCGUGACCUGCGCCGCCAGCACGAAGAGGUGGUUUAGUUGUAACCAUGGUGACAGCGGACACGGUCUCCAAAAGGAACCAUAACAGUAGAUGGAAAAGGCUGUAAAUUCGGACAGAGCUCUUCGCUAGAAUGGAGUCCUUUAAAAACACAGCAAACAUGUACAGAGACAGAAGCACUCUACUCCCAAUUGCUCCAACAGCAAUACACAGCACAGGCAUCUCGAUGGCUUAAAAUAUGAAAUGAGAUUUACACCAGAAGGAAAGGAAAAAUUUGCUUGUGUGUACACGUCAUUGUUUCCUUUGCAUAUUACAGUCAGUAUUUCAGUACUAUUGUUUAAUGAGUCGACUAUAUAAAACUGUUGAAUAAUCUGAGAUGAGUUUACAUGAAUUUUUCCCUUUCUGUGGGAUUGCAAAAUGUACAUGUCAGCAUUAUGGAAUUCAUAAGCUAAAUACAGUAUUAAUUGACUACCUAGAGCAAACAUUCACUACAGUUGGAGUAAAGGGAAUGAUCUAUGUGUAUGUUUAAAUUCCCUGUAAGGUGACAUUUAAUGUGUGAAUAAUUGUUAUGUAUAAUAAUAGCUCUACAUCAAAAAGCACACUAAAGGCAAAUUAUUGCAUCUUCGCAAAUGCCUUCAAAUUGAGUAUUUAAAAUUAUAUAAUAAAAAUCACAUGCAAAAAAA